AUGGGCAAUUCAGAAUCAAAUAAAAAAAGUAAUUUUAUGUUCAAAUUCAAGAUGAUCCAAAUGAAUUGAAAACUGGGCAGGAAGUAUCUGCUUAAUUCGAUCCUGAGCUGAGUCAAAGUUUAAAGGAUCUUGAUUCUUCAUUCUAAAUUUUAAUUGAAUCAACUAAUUAAGUAAGCAGAAGUUAAAUACAAUUAGAUUGGCGCAAAGCUUAAUUCCAUUUUAGAAGGAAUGCACGAAAAAGCAAGCAAAUUUCAAGAUAAAACUUGA